AUGACGAACACCGAUGACCGCCGCUCGCUGUCCCCGGCUACACGCCGUAAUGGCACUCUGCAGUCCUGCGAGCCCUGCCGGCGGUCCAAGCAGCGAUGCGACCACGAACGACCUGUCUGCCGCAGAUGCGCCGCAAAGCGAAUCAACGACCAAUGUUUUUAUCACCCGGCUCCGAUGACUAGAAGAAGGCCUUCAGAUCAUGCCGUUCCGUCGCGGGCAUCGUCGAGCCUGCUCACCAGCCAGCCGGCCUCCAAUGCUUCAAGCCCUGGAUCAAUAGGUGGCAGCCGCUUGUAUGCACCUUUAGAGCCACCUUCUGCUCUUCCCGGUUAUCUGGGCUCGACGAGCUUUACAGCUGUUCUGACCGAACAUCGCAAUGAGAUCCCCCUGGAGCCUGAAGAAACCGCAGACACGUAUCCGGCUCCCUCGGUGGAUCCGGAUCGAGUCCAGUCCGGGGUAGAAGUGUUGCUGCUGCUAUACAAUCUUAGCUUCCGGCGGCAGUUGAUCGAUAGAUAUUACCGAAGCAGCUGGUGUGCGGUUGUGCCCAAGAUCAUGAUGGAUGCAAUCCUGGACUCGAUCUCGGAUAUUUUCGAUAGCUUCAACCCGAAUGAUCCAAAACCACAGCUGCAAGACCUAUCCACGCAGAUCUUUCAGAACUCUUCCAGAGCAAUGAAGACACAUCAGGCGAUGACUGUUCAAGAGUACUGCGCCUUGUUCACUGGUCCUAACUUCCGCUGGGAGGCUUUGGGCAACAUCUUGACCAUGUGUGGACAGCAGCUGGUGAUUACGCCGGACAACGAUCCCGAAUUCUCUCAGGAAUCCGAUGAUCCAGGCGCAAAGGACCGGCUUCUCGAGCAGGUGACUGUGACAAGUAGUGUUUGUCUGAGCUUCUGCGACCAGGCUUCUUCGGCCAAUGAAUUGCUUGCCUUUCUUCAGUAUGCCGACUUUAUGCUAAGAACGCAACAAUAUGGUGAUUCAAGCUAUCAAGCAUGGCGCCGAUUGGGCGAUUUGGUCGCCACGAUCUAUGCUUCUGGACUGCAUCUGGAUGGCGAAGGGCCCGACAACUGCCCCUUCUUCCUGCGCCAAUGGCGAAGAGGAUGUUUUAUCUCGGCUUUCUACAUGGAUAAAAUGAUGGCAACAUUUGUCGGCCGACCACCGUUAAUGAACUAUCGAUUCUGCACGCUAGCGUCUCCACUAGAUCUGAGUGAUGAGGUUCUCGUGGAGGGAGGAGAUGCCCUGACGAAGGCUAUCUCCGAACUUGACAGUGCCGGCUGGAACACCUCCGGUGCUCGGUGGAGAAUGAGCUCCGGGAGACUACGAUUCCAGCUCUCGGUUUACAGAGAGCAAACGCUGGAGAUUGCGUUAGGGACACUUGAGCCGCAUGACCUCAUUCGCAAAUCCAAGGAAAUCGAGGCAAGUGUGCGCGAUGUGUGGAAUGCAGCACCGGAUCAUCUCCGAUAUGAUCGUCGAAUGAACGAUGACUUCCACGAUGGCUGGCUGACCAUUGUUUAUAUUUACCUCAAUUAUCUCUACACCUGCUUUUUACUGGAGAGAUCCUUGAUCAAGCAUGCCGGUGCCAAGCAGGAUGCUCUCUGCGAUGUCUCCCGCAGAAUAUUGGCUAUCGUGAUCAGCAUCACCUCUGUUCGAAACCCGAUGGUCGACCUUGACAGACACUACUCGUGGAUUGCCCUCACAUACGGCCUCCCCACUGCCAGCGUUCUUUUACUCGAGCUCUUGCAUCAGUCGCAUCAACCGGGUCCACAUUCCGUCGUUCUACCCCGAGCAGAGCUAAUCCGCAACCUGAGUGUCUUCAUCUCGCUCCUCUCUUGGGUAUCACGCCCCGGCCAUGGCAACUACCGUACAUGUCAAGAAGCCGAGAAGAACCUAUCUCGCAUUCUCGACCGACUGCUCGACCCACGGCCGGUGCACGCAGAGACAGUGAACGAUGUGACGUCCGACCUGUCCAGUUUCUUGAACUGGUCGAAUUACAACACGUGGGAUUUCAACUCAGAGUACUUCCCCGCAGAGGGAGGGUUUGCACCUUGA